GCUGUAUUAUCUCCCCACCAUGUACCGCAACGCUGCCGCCCGCUCUGCGCUCCGCGCAUUCUCGAGCUCCAAUGCCUCCGUGGCUCGCUCCGCUCUGGGUAACCAGAUCUGCAAGGCCCAGAUGACCUCGUCUGCCCGCAAUCUGCUCCGUCCCUCCGUCUCGCCGAGCUUCGCGCUCGCCGCUCACAAGCCUGUUACCACCGCUCUUGUGCGCUACUCGUCUUCUUCGGCUAAGCACGAUGAGGAGGAUAUUGAUGUUAUGGCGGGUAUGAAGUCCGAGGCGAAAGUUAUCAAGGAGACCUUCAGCCUGGCUGGUGUCCCCAAGCAGGCCCUCUACCUCGGUAUGGCUGGUGUCGUCCCCUACCUGGCCACCUCCAUGCAGACUGUCUUCCUCUCCUACGAGAUCAACCGCGCCGCUGCUCUUGGUGACGGUCUGAUCUUCUCCGGCCAGAGCGCCGAGCUGAUGCUCCACAUGCUCGAGCCCAUCCAAAUCGGCUACGGUGCCGUUAUCCUUUCUUUCCUUGGUGCCGUCCACUGGGGUCUUGAGUGGGCUGGAUACGGCGGCAAGUUCGGUUACCGCCGCUACGCCGCCGGUGUGAUCGCCCCCGCUGUGGCCUGGCCUACUCUGCUGUUCCCCGUUGAGUACGCUCUGAUCAGCCAGUUCCUCGCUUUCACCUUCCUGUACUACAACGAUGCCCGUGCUGCCGCCGCUGGCCGUGCUCCUCACUGGUACGGCAUGUACCGUUUCGUGCUGACCUUCGUUGUCGGUGCCUCCAUCGUGGCUACCCUGAUCGGCCGUGAGCAGAUCCAGCAGACCCUUGCCUCUGAGCACAGCAUCAAGGACAAGAUCAACGCUCUGAUCUUCCUGCAGAAGAAGGAGAAGGAGGAGGCCGAGGCUCGCCGUCGCAGCGAGAUCGAGGAUUCCGAGUAAAUUUGCCUUUUGACAAGGCGGACGUCAUCCCCCAAGACUGAUCUCGAUGUUUGCAUUACCCGUGAUUUCCUGUAGAAUAUACGCAGAACGCAGUAGGGCGGCCACUGAAAUUUUUCUUUUGUUUAAUUGAAGUGUCAAUAGUUGGAGACACCGGAGUGUUCUCGUCCAAGUAGCCAC